CUCCCUCCCGGCAGUGCAUCCCCCAUCCCCCACACGGUGGCCGUCUCUUUGGGUGAAAGCUGUCUCUCCCUGCGCCACUGGCCCGACCGACAAAACGUUGCUGUAGCAGAGUCAGUCCGCACCGACCUGAGGCAGACACACGGGACAAACACACGUACGCACAAGUGGAAUCUUUUUUUUUGGUUCAACCGAGUGACUUUGAUUUGCAUAUCCACUUCCACUCCUUCCUCAUUUGCAUACAGCAAGAAUGGCGAGCGGGCAUCCCACAGACAAAUUCAGUUUCAUGUAUCAACCAGACACGCACAAGAGCAAGAACAGGUUAUCUUCAGCUAUGAAUCCAGUCUACAGCCCUGUUCAGCCUGGCACCCCCUAUGGAAACCCCAAGAACAUGGCCUUUGCAGGCUAUCCAGGAGGGUAUCCUGCCACGGCUCCCACCUACACACCCAACCUCUAUCAAACAGGCAGUCCUGGGUAUCCACCAGCUUGGUUUUGUCUUUUGGAAGAGUCAAACAAAAUAUCAGGAUAUACCUCAGCAGGCACCCCGUACAAAGUGCCCCCCACCCAGUCCAAUGGAGCGCCCCCUCCUUACACCCCAACCCCCACCCCAUACCCAACAGCCAUGUACCCCAUCCGCAGUGCCUACCCUCAGCAGAACCUAUACGCACAGGGAGCGUACUACACCCAGCCCGUGUAUGCGGCUCAGCCACAUGUGAUCCAUCACACCACGGUGGUGCAGCCUAACAGCAUCCCCUCCACAGCCCUCUACCCAGCCCCUGUCCCCGUACAAGCUCCCCGCAACAAUGGCAUGGCUGCUAUGGGGAUGGUAGCCGGGACAACCAUGGCCAUGAGUGCAGGGACCCUGCUGACAACGCCCCAGCACCCCCAAAUUGGAGGUCACCCAGUUACUGUGCCAACCUACAGGCCCCAAGGGACACCUGGGUACAGCUACGUACCGCCUCACUGGUAGAGCCCACCCAUCAUAUCUGGAGUCCACCAUCGUAUGCAACUGCUCAAAUCUUACACGGGCUCCCACUGGUAACCACGGGAACUCGGCACCUGUCUGCAAGAACAAACUAAAGUGCAACAGCCACUUUACUAUUAUUGUUAUUAUUAUUAUUAUGCGACUUUCUCUACCUUUCUUUUUUUAAAUAGCUGCUUUUUAUUUUUUACUCUAUUCAUUUGCCAACCAGUCAUUACCUUAUUUUGUAAUUUUUUUUUUUUUUUUUUUUUUUUUACACAUUUUAUUUCCUCACUUUACUUUGCUCCGUCUAUCAUUGGAACUCCAGAAGGACUCUUGACCAAUCACAGGUGUCAGUUGCCUCCUGUUUCUGUGUUGUGCUGGUGUGUGUGGUCCUUCCUGCUGCUGCUCAGUUGGCUGGAAAAUAUUCAGGCACUUACUCCCUUGUUAUCAUCUCCAUCGGUCUCUACAAAGACUUAUUGACUUAUGCUGCCAAAUUUUCUUACAACUAGUUAUCAGCACAGGGUUUUAACAUCAUUAGGAGUUACUUCAUUUCUUUUUGAUAAUCUGUCUUCUUACCACACCUUUAAUUUUCAUACCUUUUUGUUCCUCUUUUUUCUUUGAACUACUUUGUUUUAAUUUCCAGUUUAAUCUCGGCCGUCUUCCAGCGAGUAGCUGUCCGUCAGGCAGCAGUCAGUCAAUCAUGCCUGUUUCGUCUCCAUACGAGUGCUACAUUGCUCUGAGCGGGGCACACUUACCGACCGUUACCCAUCCUACUGUGUCCCAGUGUUUCCACAUUAGCAUCGUAGCUACGUCACACUAAGAAAACACCACGUACUUCAUGCUACAUACUAUGCAGGCUAGUAUGUUGUGACACUAUCAAAAUCUUAAUCUUAGCGUAGGUGAAAAGGUGAAGACAAAUAUGUGCAAGUAUUUAUAAUAACUAGGUGGUCGUGUACACCACCUCACAUGCACACACACAACCACGCGCGCGCGCGCACACACACACACACACACACACACACAGGCUCCUGUGGUGUGGCGGGAAACAUUGUUUAGUGGCACUUACUGAACCAAACUUCCAGUUAUGUUGUUACUGAUCAACACACACACACACACGUGGAUUUGUAAGGGUUUGCAUGGCAGACAGUGAAGAAGGACUUUAAAGGGAUUGUUUGAGCGCUACGAGAGCAGAGCAGGAGGAGACAGAGAGAGCAGACCGUGAGGGAGGAGGAGAAGGAGUUAAUAUAGUCACAGUCAGUCAUUUUUUUCAAGGUACAAAACAUUUAAGUUUGUGACAGCUCACCUGCAAGAGACUGCACGGACGCACUGCUUUUUUUUGUUGCACUAUUUGUAUUGUACAUUGAUUUCUCACUAAUGUGAUUAUAUCAUCUCCUCCUCCUCCUUGUCUUAAUAUAACCAAGCACUCCAACAGAUCAAAACCCAGACUCUUGAGUAAACAUUUGAUGAUGGACCGGUCAAUAAAUGUGCUGAUAGAUGAAUAGGAUUCAAUCCGCUUGUCCAUUCCACUACGCUGUGAGUGCUGAGAAGAGCAAGCCAUUGACGUGGCUGCCUUGUUGUGCAGCACAGUUGAGUGAAACAGAGUCCAGUCAGAGGCUGUGGUGUUUUUACAGCAGGUCCAUGUCAUGUUAAAGUCAAAAUGUAACUUCUUGGGUAUUCCCAUGUGAAUUGAAAAGCUGAAACGCGAGCGCUCUAAUUAUAAAUCUGUGAAAGUAUUCCGAAAUAUUUUCAAAAGUAAUGAGCCAAGACGACAGUGUCACUCUGUCUCUUCAUUUUAAACUGGUUCAGUUCAGGGCAGAGGACAAGUUAAAGCUUGACCUCUAGUAACUAAAAGGAGAACAAUCCACUGCUUUAUUCUUCAAACAUCACAGAAUUACACAUAUCUGCUUUUACUGACUGCAUUUAAAAUAAAAUAAAAAUAGACAUCCAGCAUAAUCCUCCAUCAAAUGACAACUGUCUUAAGAGGAGGAGAAUAUUCAAGCCAACGAGACAUGGACCAUAUGAAGCCAUUUUCUGUUGCCUUUUUAUGCUUAUACAUAUUGAAAAAAAAAAAAGGCAUUUAUGAACAUGCAAAUGGCUUUCACAGCCACAGUGUGAAGAUCUUCAUACGCUGAGUAGUGGUGGUGGGGUUUAAUAAUUAGGUGAGACCUGUGGUAUUUUUUCAGGAGUUACACACAAAAAAAAAGACUUCAAGAAUCUGUAGAGGACAGAUCAGUAUAACAAAAAGCAUUUACCGCGCAGGUAUGUAGAUGGCGUGGUUUGAUAUUGCAAUAAAAUAAUAAGAGGGAAUGCCUCCCACUGUUAACAUACAGUAAUUAUUUUAUCAGCGUUUUGACUUGAUUUAAAAAAAAAAAAAUGUAUUGUUGUAAUCUCUAAGUAUGGAUUACAGGCUCUGUAUGCAGCCUCCACUCAAUAAUUAUUACACUUACUGCUAAGAAGACUAGAACAUAUCAAGAAUUUGGGUAUUGAAUAACCUUGUGAGGAAAUAUUGCACAACAUAAGACAGAAAAAAUAAAAAAAACUUGGUGACUAUAAUUUAAUGCUAAGUAACAGGUACCUAGGCUUUGUAGUGCUGGUGGGAGGAAGAAGCAAUUUAUAUUGUAAUUAAGAAUAAAACAAUAAGGUCGAGUGUUUGAGGUAUUCUUAGUCCAGAUGUUUGUACACAAGUAGGUCAAUUCUCAAGAAAAUAUGACAUCAAGCUGCUGUCGCAUGAAAACAAUCAACCUUUGAGCUUAUUUUUUAAACCAAUCUCUGUAUUUUAGAAGAUGGAAGGAUCUUGUACAUUCAGAUUUAAAAAGCUGAAAGACGGAAAAAUACAGAAGCAGUUUUCUUGCGACAGCAGCGAUGUCACUUGUCAUUAGGAUUUAUUUAACCAACCACUACUUCUUUCAGUAUUGUUUCCCCCCCCUGUCCUUCCCUCUGGUCAAAUAAGCAUAAUGGGUAUGCAUAAUAUUCAGGUGUAUUACACUAUAGCAUUGGAUCUCUAAGUAAAAAAAAAAAGAAAAAAAAAA